AUGCUUAUAAAACAGGUUGUGGAAACGAUCGUUUGCAAGCCUGAACCACCUGAGUCACCCCCUAAAAAAGUGAGAGGAGAAGAUUUCGGCUGUGCCUUGUACUUGGAUCCGUACGCUCAUCUCCGCUACAGGACAGCUCAGGCUUUCAGACCAUGGGGAAAGCGGGAACCAGAGCUUCUACACCCAGAGCGCGUCGUCCGCGUGGCGGAUUGCAGGAGAUUCGAACAGGACUUCCAGCCGAACGUCGCGCUAAAACCCCUUACUCCGCCUAUCGAUGACGUAACGUCGUCGACCUCCCCACCCCCUACAGACCCCGAACUAACCGCUCGACUCCUAGACGCUGAAGCACGGCUCAACGAACGCGAGCGGACGUUAGAUGAACGGGAAGCGGAGCUCGCGAGGCGCGAGGCUCGCCUCGAAGAGCGAGAGAGGGAGCUAGAUCGCCGAGAGCGCCUCCUCCAAGAGCCAAAGCCUGAACCGAACUUGUCGCCGCCCAGAGAAGCGGAUCCGCCCUGUUGA